AUGCCUCAUAUUCAUCUUCCCCAGGAGGUCUACGGUGGAACGGGUGACAUCACAAGUGAUGACGAGAAAAUAGCCGACUACCGCGAUUGGCAAGGGGUUCUAAGAGACAGCGUGGCGAUAGCCAUGCGAUGUCUUGAACGACGGCCCAACGAGGGUCCUUAUCUUGUCGCUACCGGCGUAACUCCCCAGAUCUUUGAUGAAUGGUCAUAUAAUGAUUCCGCUUACAAAAUGCUCUAUGAUCAUGACUCCCAGUCGGUCUUUUCGUUCCGAGAUUCAACACCAUAG